AUGAACGCUGAGGACGCCAGGUAUUUGAAACGGAGAAUCACGGCAGGUUCUAUAGAUGUCCACCCUGUUGAAAAAGCACUGGUCGUCAAUUAUGAGGUAGAAGCUGUCAUCUUGUCAGAGUCCGGAGAACCGGUUCUUGGGGACAAGAAGCAGUGCCAGAAAGUUGUCAAAGUCGGGGCGAUGGGGGAGAAUACAGACAUCAAGUUGAUGGCAAAAAACAUAAUUGAUAAAUGCAAAUUAAUCCAUCCAAGCAAACAGCCAGAGAUUGAGCAGUUGUUGUAUUACUUGCAGAAAAGAAAGGUGUCAAGCAGUACCUCGAACAGCGCUGGAGGUCGAGGUCACCAACAGAAAAUUAAACACAGUCAUCAAAAUUCAUUAGAUAACUUGACUUCACUAGGUAACAUGCAAAUAACUGAACUGGCAAAUAUAAAUGAUCUGGAGAUGUACCUGGAGAUGUUAUACGAUGAAAUUUCUGAGAGAUUACGAGGUACACAUCUUAUAUUACAACUGGCUUUGAAGCCUGAAAAUUUAGAUGAACUCUGCCAGAAUGAGAUUUUACUGGGUGCCCUCUCAAGAGUCCUGGCAGAAGAUUGGAAGAACAGCACUGAACUUGCAACAAACAUUGUGCACAUAUUCUUCUGCUUCUCUAGAUUCUCACAACUGCAUGCUGUCGUCUCACAUUUCCAGGUUGGAUCUCUAUGCAUGAAGAUCAUCGAACACGAGUUGAACCUUUACGAUGGAUGGAUGGACCAGAUGAAGAAAACAAUCAAAAAGGAUUUAGUGAAAUCAGCCCAGAAGCAACUACAGCAGCUGACAGCCAUGCAGGAGAGGCUGCUUCAAGUUUCAUUCCACAUGCUUCUCAAUCUAGCCGAGGAUAGAAAGUUGGAAGCAAAGAUGCACAAGAAAGGCAUCGUGAAGAUGCUAGUGAGAACUUUGGAAAGAAAAAAUAAUGUUGAGUUGUUGAGGCUGGUCAUAUCAUUUUUGAAGAAGUUGAGCAUUUUUGUGGAGAACAAGGACAACAUGGUGAAGUUGAAUACUGUUGAGUCGCUGGCAUCUAUUCUGGCUGGGUCUAAAAAUGAAGAUUUGAUAAAUGUCAGCCUGAGGUUGCUACUAAAUUUGAGCUUUGAUGGCAGCAUUCGACAUCAGAUAUUUCAAAAUGACAUGUUGAAGAUGUUGAUGGAUCUGCUGAAGAGUGAUUUGAAUCGACCGAUCGUCCUCUGCCUCCUCUACAACCUCACUGUCAACAAGAGGAACUGCCUGCAUUUUGUUGAGUCAGACUGCUGUCAGGUGCUCAUGAAACUUCUGAUGGCUGAGAAGGAGAGGAACAAGUUUGAAAUCGAGACGUUGGGCCUGUGUGUGAACUUGGCGUCGAAUCCGACCUGUGCCGAUGUCUUGAGUGAUCCUAAACUAGUGCAGUUCCUUAUGAAGAGGACCGUCAAAAAUAGGGAUCCACUGACUGCAAAACUUUUGAAAAAACUUUCAUACCACUUGAAAUUUUCACCAGACGAAGACAAGAAACCAGAUAAAGAGGGCACAGCUAAGAAAAUCUUCCUAGAUUACGUUGGUGACAUUGGCUCUAAUGUGAAGAACGCUUUUAGAGAUGAGUUUUCAGCUGAGUGUUUGUCCAUCCUGGCAAACAUGAAGGAUCCAGAGUUGGAUUUUGAGAUGGUUUUGAAGGAAUACAAGUUGAUUGAGUGGCUUAAAGAGAACUUGAAACCUGCCUCUCUCUUCAGUAAUGAUGACGAGAUUGUUUUUCAGAUGGUCCGUCUAAUAAGCACGUCCUGUCUCGAUGAGACGUGUGCCUCUGCCCUCGCCGACAGUGGCAUCGUCCAGUCUCUAAUUUCACUUUUAACCAUCAAACAGGAAGAGGAUGUCAUGGUUAUACAAAUUGUGUACAUCUUCUACCAGCUGAUACAGCAUGAGAAGACGAAGGAGUACGUGAUAUUGAAGACCCAGGCACCAGCCUACCUCAUUGACCUCAUGCAUGAUGGCAAUGAACAAAUCAGAAAGAUCUGUUCUGGAGCCCUGGACAUCGUGUCCAAUCACGACCAGGCAUGGUCGAAGAAGAUCAAACUGGAAAAGUUUCGCAUCCACAAUCAACAGUGGAUCGAGAUGAUCAAGAUGCAGCAGCAGCAUCAACAGCAGCAACCCGGCAGCGAUCUCAACGACUACCUGACCUACCCUCACCACACGAGUCACAGGGGUUUUGGGAAUGGCUUGAAUUACUCUCAUGACAGUUUUCUCGGUGGCUACAUCGAAGACGCAUCAGUACUGGAGGGCGCUGAGUUCUAUUACGGAGACAUGAAUCCGGAUUACAUGCCUGGCGACGGCCUGUCCAUCUACUCGGACAUCUACGGGUCGAUGAAAGGUCACGAGAGGUUGUACAAUGACCUUGACAUAUCGCCGUACGAGAGGCCACCGUCGUCCUUGAACUUCGGUGUUAAGGAGAAGAGUUUGGGCCACAAGGGCUACGGAAAUGAUGCUGGUGGGGGGGAUGAGGACUUCGAUGAUCAGCUGUUCGGAUCAUCGUAUUAUCUCGGUGCGAUGGGUUAUGGAGGGGGCAGGUGA